GAUUAAUCAUUAACCAAACCCACAAUAUUCAACGCCGACUGCACACCUAUGGCCUCUGCUAUCUUUCUACUAGAGCAAAAACGUGUUGCUUGAAAUUUGAAACUCGAGCACUACGAGCAUAUAACGGCAACGAUUUUCGACCAGCUGAUGUAAUCUCGUUAUCGCCAGCGACAAGAGGACCUAGUUUUUUCAAUACGUACGUUUGUGUUCAACGCUAAACACCGGAGGUUUUAAAAGGACUCAUAUUAGUUUGUCGACGGCAUGACUUCAACCUUUCUACCAGUCGUAAACGCUUUGGAGGCUGCUGUCAGCUAUUCGGCGUCUUUGAUAGGUGGUUCCAGGAGAUCAUCCACCGAUGCUGAGAUAACCCUGGAAGAGGUUCUCUGCCACGACACCCGAAGGGAUUGUUGGGUUGUCAUUUACGACAGGGUGUACGAUAUCACGAACUUCUUAGAUGAGCAUCCUGGUGGAGGGGAUCUACUUCUGGAAAACGCUGGAAGGGACGCCACUGUAGCAUUCCGUAGCGCCGGACAUUCUCGUCAUGCUAUGCAGCUACUGGAAAGGUACUUCAUCGGUGAGCUACCAUUGCAGGAGAGGGUGUUCAGAAAAGUUGGAGGAUUCAAACUGAGCAACAUGCCAGAAUAGUUUUCAGAGAAGCUAGUUCUCCCAAAAUCUAGUCCACAACUAUAGUGUUGCAACAAUCCGAAUGAAAAAGCUCUAUUCGAAAUGAAAAUGCGACCUAGUACUAGAGGCUUGAAAUUAUUUUGGAUGCUCCUUGGUUCAUCACUUCAACACCAACUUUACCAAUGAUGAAUAAAUAAUCUUAUUCCAUACUUCCGAUCAUCAGCUGAUGAUCCGAUACACCGAUACUAGUAUCGGAACAGCGCAGGAGUACUAAUUUUUGUUUCAUUUGAGAAAUCUCUAUGUGAAGGGAUUCGUUCAAAGUUAUAAUUGAGAUAAUUACUCUAACUUC